AUGACGACCGGCGGACCAUCAGAAUACGUGACACUCAUCGCGAGUGACGGCUACAGCUUCGUUGUGCGUCGCUCUGCAGCAUGCAUCAGCGACGCCAUCAAGCGCAUGCUCGAUCCACAAAAUGGCUUCAUGGAGGCCAAGACGAAUACGUGCCGUUUCGAUAACAUCAACGGUCUCGUGCUCGAGAAGGUCUGCGAGUACCUGUACUACAAUGAGAAACACAAGGACUCGAAAGAUGUGGCGGACAUGGACAUUCCGGCCGAGCUCUGUCUUGAGCUGCUUAUGGCUGCUGACUAUUUGAACGUGUGA